GUGCAACCCUUGAAACAAGGUAACAAAACCGUACCAUGAGGGGUUUUACACUGUGCUUGGUCUCUUUCUUAGUUAUCUUUGGUUCCUGGUUUCAAAGUGUGUCAUCACAAAAUGUAACUAAGAGUGACAUACAACAAGCUGCCUUUCCACCAAGAGGUUGGAAUUCCUAUGAUGCCUUUUCUUGGAUAAUUUCUGAAGAAGAAUUCUUACAAAAUGCUGAAUUAGUUUCUCAACGUCUCCUUGCUCACGGAUAUGAGUAUGUUGUCGUCGAUUACCUCUGGUAUAGGAAGAAAGUCCCGGGUGCUCAUAGUAAUUCUCUUGGAUUCGACGUGAUCGAUCAAUGGGGAAGGAUGGCCCCUGAUCCAGUAAGGUGGCCUUCAUCCAAAAGUGGGAAUGGAUUCACUGAAAUAGCUAAGAAAGUACAUAGCUUAGGUUUGAAGUUUGGAAUUCAUAUUAUGGCAGGGAUUAGCACACAAGCUGUGAAUGCAAACACCCCUAUCCUAGAUACAACAACGGGUGCUGCUUAUCAAGAAUCCGGUCGAGUAUGGCAUGCAAAAGACAUAGCAAUCCAAGAAAGGCGUUGUGGAUGGAUGACAAAUGGUUUCAUGAGUGUAAAUACAACGUUAGGAGCCGGGAAAGCAUUUUUGAGAUCCCUUCAUGAGCAGUAUGCUGCUUGGGGUGUUGAUCUUGUGAAACAUGACUGUGUGUUUGGCGAGGACUUGGAUUUAAAUGAGAUAACCUAUGCAUCUGAGGUUCUCAGCAAGGUUAAUCGCCCCCUUUUGUAUUCUCUAUCUCCCGGAGUCAAGGCCACACCAGACAUGGCCAAGCAAGUCAGUGGACUGGUCAACAUGUAUCGCAUAGCAGGAGAUGACUGGGAUGUAUGGGGAGAUGUCAAGUCUCAUUUUAAUGUAUCAAGGGACAUGGCUGCAGCUAAUUUGAUAGGAGCAAAAGGUUUAAAAGGGAAUUCAUGGCCUGAUUUGGAUAUGCUACCAUUUGGAUGGCUAACUGAUGCAGCCGUAAAUGAUGGUCCACAUAGAUCUUGUAGGUUGACACUAGAAGAGCAAAGGACACAGAUGACUUUGUGGGCUAUGGCAAAGUCUCCCCUUAUGUAUGGAGGCGAUGUGAGGAAGAUCGACAAUGCCACAUAUGAAAUUAUCACGAAUCCUACCUUACUUGAGAUUAAUCAUUUCAGCUCAAAUAAUAAGGAGUUUCCUUAUGUCACGAAGAAUGAAACGCGUAAUCAAGUGAAAGAGAUAAGAUCUAAGGAAGCCCCAAUACAAUCAGUAGAAGGUGUAUCUUCGGCUGACAUCAGCUCUUGGAUUGCGACGGGAAGAAAAGGAGAAGUGUAUUUGGCUUUCUUCAAUCUAAGUGAACAAAAGACACCAAUAUAUGCACAUAGAUCAAAUUUGUCUAAGGCUUUUACUGGCAAACGCAUCCGUUCCUGUAAAGGUCAGGAAUUAUGGAGUGGAAAGUAUGUUGCAACAAAGAAAGGUUCAAUAUCAACGGACGUGGGUGUUCAUGGAUGUGCACUAUUUGUUCUAAAUUGCAAGUAGUUUGGCUUCCAAAAAAAUGGAACAUUGUUGACUCAUUAUUUCUUUAUUUAAUCACUUUUCCCGAUGGGUGGGACUUUGUAAAUUGUAACAAUAAGAACAACACAUUUCAUUGUUUGUUUCAUUUGUUC